AACUACGUCGGCAACGGACGGGUACUAAACGGGAGGGAGGCAGAGGAUUAGCAUCACGUGGCUUUAGGGACCGUCUCCGAAUUCCUCUCCAGCACUACGGGUGUUUCAGGUCCUGCAGACAGAUCUACCUUCCCCGGUGACCCACGAGUCUCAAGAGGACACGGGCUGAAAACGAAAAAUAGGACCCGACGCUAGUGCAAGUGCUUAAAGAAGCAAACCUAAGUCUACCGAAUACAUGAUGAUUGUUAUAAUUAAUUAGUCCUUGAGGCUGUCUGAGGCAGUGAAUGCUGGCACGCCUCCCAUUUACACACAAACCGAGGCUCAGAGAAAUUCACCUUUCCUAGAAGUCUCACACCUAAGAGGAUACCAUCCUCCGAUUGGAACUAUGACCUGUUUAACUCCAAAAAUUAAUCAUGUCUGGGAGAGUUCUGCGUUAAGAGCUCAGAGAAAACACGACCAUCUAUCUACAAAACCGAAGCCUAGGAGAGGGGCUUGGGCGUAUAAGGCAAUUUUCAGACACUCCCUGCAGUGGCGAAAGCCCGACCUGUCCUUCAGCCUCGGACUACUGGCGGGUUCUUGCCAAGUGCUAGUGGAGACAGAGUUGUGGUGAGACUCUAAUUUGCUGUGACUCCAACCGUGCCGGGGAAGUCAUGUCGGAGCAUCAGCGGCAGGGCGCCGAGCGCGACCUCUACCGGGACACGUGGGUGCGCUACCUGGGCUAUGCCAAUGAGGUGGGAGAGGCUUUCCGCUCCCUGGUUCCUGCAGCUGUGGUGUGGUUGAGCUAUGGCGUGUCCAGCUCCUAUGUCCUGGCUGAUGCCAUAGACAAAGGCAAGAAGGCAGGAGAGGUGCCAAGCCCUGAAGCAGGCCACAGCACCAGAGUAGCCCUGGCUGUGGUAGACACCUUUGUGUGGCAGUCUCUGGCCUCUGUGGUCAUCCCAGGCUUCACCAUCAACCGUCUGUGUGCUGCCUCUCUCUAUGUCUUGGGUACUAUGACCCGUUGGCCCCCGACUGUUCGAAAAUGGACCACUACCACACUUGGGCUGCUGGCCAUCCCCGUCAUCGUCCACCCCAUAGACAGGUCAGUGGACUUCCUCCUGGAUUCUAGCCUUCGCAAGCUGUACCCAUCAGUUGGGAAGCCCAGCACCCCCUGACCCGGCUCUGGGCCUUGCCUGGGGUUGGCUCACUCACAUCAAAGAACGUGGAUACAUGACUGUUUGGGGUCCAUGGCACUACCAUCUGAGUGGGUUCAAAUUGAUGAGAGCUUAGAGACGAAAGCCCUGGGGCAUAGUGGCUGUAGCGACGCCCAAGGGUGGGACCCAACCCUGUCUGUAUCAGUGGCCUUGGCUGUGCUGAGUGGGAAAGAUCUCUGGCUGGGCCUGUCUUUUGAAGUCCUUUUUAAAAAAGUAUUUAUUUUAUGUGUAUAAGUGUUUUACUUGCAUGUAUGUAUGUGUUUGCACCACCCUUUGAGGUUAGAAGGGGUGAAUAGAUGCCCCUGAAGCUGAAGUUAGGGAUGCUUGUGAGCCACCAUGUGGGUGCUGAGAACUGAAUCUGGUUCCUCUGCAGGAACAGCCAGUGCUCUAACCACUAAAGUACCUCUUAGCCUCCAGGCCUAUCUUCUGAUAGAAAAGUUGUAUCCUCCCAUGGAGGAGAAAGAUAUUAAGUCCCAGGGAGGGGAGGGAGUACUCCUGAGAUCAUGUGACAAUCGAGGACCAGACUUCCAGCUAUUCUAAGUCACUUUGUGCUAAUGUGGCUGAGUGACUUAGGGAAAGACACAGAGGUACAGCAUUUGGGACACUCAGGGCAGAGUCUCUGGCCAGUCCAUCCCUGCUGCAGGAGCUGCUAGGGUCGGGUUUAGAGGCAGGACAAUCACAAACCAAGUGCUACCCAAUAAAACUUUCAAAAAUGACA